AUUAAUGUCUUUAGAGCAAUAGCAAUCUAAAUAACACAAAUUAUAAAACUAUUAUCAUCAAUUUGAAAAGGGUUAAAUAACUGGAACUUAAUUGAAAUCUGAAUUACAAACUAAUUUAAAAAUAAGAUGGAAUUCCAAUUUAGAAAAUAUUAUACAUCAAGUAGAUCCAUCUUAUACAGAUUUUGUAAGAUCAAUCAAUAAAACUAAUUAAUAUGUACCAAAAAAAACAACAGCACAAUUAACUGAAUAAAUUAACUAUCCUAAAAAAAUAAGAACAGAACAUAUGUAUUUUAUAAAUAAAAUUAAAAUAGAGGUCAUACAGAUUUACUAAAAUGGGAUUGA